AUGCCUUCAGCCGUAGAAAUGGUCACUAUCGCUGCCGAUGACACCAGAGUCCUCGGACAGGAUCCUCUGAUCCCUCCUGCUCUUCUCACCUCCGAGAUCCCUCUACCCGAGAAGGCCACAAACACCGUUGUCAAGGGCCGUCAAGAUGCUGCCGACAUUGUUCUUGGCCAGAGCGACAGACUCCUCGUCGUUGUCGGCCCCUGCUCCAUUCACGACCCUGCCGCCGCUCAGGAAUACGCUUCCAGACUCAAGGAGCUCUCUGACAAGCUCUCCGACGAUCUCUGCAUCGUGAUGCGCGCCUACCUCGAGAAGCCCCGAACAACCGUUGGCUGGAAGGGUCUCAUCAACGAUCCCGAUAUCGACAACUCCUUCAAGAUUAACAAGGGUCUCCGCGUUUCUCGUCAGCUGUUCGUUGACUUGACCAGCAAGGGUCUGCCUAUUGCUACCGAGAUGCUCGAUACCAUUUCUCCUCAGUUCCUUGCCGACUGUAUCUCCGUUGGUGCCAUUGGUGCCCGUACCACCGAGUCCCAGCUGCACCGUGAGCUUGCUUCCGGUCUGUCUUUCCCUGUUGGUUUCAAGAACGGCACAGACGGUAGUCUUGGUGUUGCCAUUGACGCUAUUGGCGCUGCUGCUGCUCAGCACCACUUCAUGGGUGUCACAAAGCAGGGCCUUGCUGCUAUUACCCGCACCAAGGGCAACGAGCACUGCUUUGUUAUUCUCCGUGGUGGAACCAAGGGCACAAACUUCGACAAGGAGAGCGUCCAGGCUGCUAAGAAGGUCCUUCAGGACAAGAAGCAGAAGGAGGCUAUCAUGAUUGAUUGCUCCCACGGUAACUCUUCCAAGAACCACAAGAACCAGCCCAAGGUUGCCAAGGUUGUUGGUGAACAACUUCGUGAGGGUGAGAAGGCCAUCAUUGGUGUCAUGAUCGAGUCCAACAUUGGCGAGGGUAACCAAAAGGUUCCCGCUGAGGGUCCUGCUGCUCUCCAGCGUGGUGUCAGCAUCACUGAUGCUUGCAUCAACUGGGAGGACACAGCCGUUGUGCUCGAGGACUUGGCUGAUGCUGUCCGCACUCGCCGCAAGGUCAACCGCUCUUAG